UCACUGAUGGAUGGGAACCACACUGCAGUGACCGAGUUCAUUUUGUUGGGGCUGACAGAUGACCCAGUCCUCCGAGUCAUCCUCUUCAUGGUCAUCCUGUGCAUUUACUUGGUCACAGUAUUUGGCAAUCUGAGCACAAUCCUUCUCAUCAGACUCUCCUCUCAGCUCCACCACCCAAUGUACUUUUUUCUGAGCCACCUGGCUUUCGCUGACAUAGGCUAUUCAUCCUCUGUCACACCCAAUAUGCUUGUAAACUUCCUGGUGGAGACAAACACGAUCUCCUAUCUUGGAUGCAGCACCCAGCUUGGCUCAGCUGUUUACUUUGGGACCUCUGAGUGCUUCCUUCUGGCUUCCAUGGCAUAUGACCGCUUUGUGGCAAUCUGCAACCCACUACUUUAUUCAAACAAAAUGUCCACACAAGUCUAUCUCCAGUUACUUAUAGUGACUUACAUAGGUGGUUGUAUUAAUGCUUCAUCCUUUACCAUUUCCUUCUGUUCUUUACUCUUCUGUGGACCAAAUGCAGUCAAUCAUUUUUUCUGUGAUUUUGCUCCUCUAGUUGAGCUCUCCUGUUCUGAUGUCAGUGUCCCUGCAGUUAUUCCCUCGUUCUCUGCUGGCUCCAUCAUUGUGGUCACAGUGAUUGUAAUAGCUGUUUCUUACAUCUGCAUCCUCAUCACCAUUCUGAAGAUGCCCUCCACAGAGGGCCGCCACAAAGCCUUCUCCACCUGCACCUCUCACCUCACUGCAGUCACCCUGUUCUAUGGGACCAUUACCUUCAUUUAUGUGAUGCCCAAGUCCAGCUACUCCACUGACCAGAACAAAGUGGUGUCUGUGUUCUACAUGGUUGUGAUCCCCAUGUUGAACCCCCUCAUCUACAGCCUCAGGAACAAGGAAAUCAAAGAGGCUUUGAAGAGAGAACUUGGUAGGAAAAUAUUUUCUAAAUGA